AUGUAUAUAAGUUGUGUGAUUCGAAAAUGUGGAGAUGCUAAGGUGAAAGCUAGUUCGUACGUCUCUGUUAAUGCCCACCAAAUUAUUGUUGGUGGCCACUCAUUUGAUAUAACUGGAACUAAAGGGUCCUGGUAUGGUUGGGUGGAUCUGGAUCUUCUCUGUAAUGGUGGUAUGUGUUGGGAUGAAACUCUUGUGAGAAUUCUGUUUCAUGAAAGGGAUGCUACUGAAAUAUUGAAUAUCAGAGGCCUCAAUCCAAGAGGUGAUGAUAUGUGGCAAUGCACAUUUUUUGAUAAGGGGAGAUUUUCAGUACAUGUUGCAUAUGUUUCUCUUUUAAAAGAGAAGAUUUGUCUAGUGUCUGAGGCAGAA